AUGGCGCUGCGCAGUUCUCCUGUUAGCAUCCUUGUUUGUAGUUUUAGUGGUGAUGGAGGAGCUGCAGCUCUUCAGCUGCACCGCUUAAGUUCAAGAGAAAAGCUCUCAGACAGCAGCAUGCUGCCACCAAAUCUACUGACAGUCUCGAUCAUUGUCCUUCUGGCAACAGCGGUCUCUACGGCUCCCGUGGAAGAGAAGGAGCUGGAGGAGGGAGAGACUGAGGUCACGGAGAUGGUGGAGGGGGAGUUGUCUGAGGAGGAGGAGGAUGAUGAUGAUGACUCCAAGAGUCAGGAUAAGAUAAAGGCAGCUCAACAGACCACCAUGUCAGCAGCGCCAGCCGGAGGUUCAGGUGUUCCCCCAAAUAUUCAAGAUCUGAGUGCUUCCAGUGGACUGUCAGUAGAGAGGGGACCACAUGAGGGAGCAGCAGGAGGCUCACCAGGUCAUGGAGGUGAUAUUUCCUCUGUAGAUCCAGCAGCAGCAGGACAUCCUAGCAGCUCAUCAGGUUCUUCAGGUUCUGCAUUUCCGUCAGGUCAAACUCAUCCAGCAGGAGCCAAAGAUCUACCAGCAUCUUCUCAUACAGGAACAAAUGGUGCUGUUGGAGCAGACUUGGGGUCCAACGGAAAUGGUCAGAAGCUGCUGAAUGGAGGAGGGGGAGGGGCCGGAGUCGACAGUCAGACAGGAGAUUUGGGAUCAUUAGGGGGAGGGGUUUCACCCCUGGAUUAUUCAGGAAUCAACGAUCCAUCCAGCCAUGACUACCUGCUAGGUCUUAUUGGUGUUGGUCUAGUGGAUGUGUUUGGCACCGACGGUCAUGUUAACAUCCCAGGUCACAUGACCCCACCAACUCACCUGGAUGUCUCAGUGUUUGUGCAUCCAGUGAUUGGUUCUGGUGUGACAGCAGCUCCAUCAGUGAAAAAAGAUAUCCUACACUCAACUGGAGGUACUGGCAUUGCCUCCAUAGAUCAUUACUCUGCCAGCAGCGUCGACCAAUCAGGAGCAGGCGACACCUCGCUGACCUCAGGAUCCGACCAAUCACUGUCCAGCUCUUUGUCCGACUCCUCUUCUUCUGCAGCAUCGUCAUCCUCAUCUUCAUCAGACAGUGCAGCUCACAGAGAGCACUCAGGUGGAGCAGAUUCACUUGACACUAUGGGAAAUGGUAGACAAACUCACCUGACAGACACAAACAGAGAAGCGGUGACAUCAAGGACUGUUUCUAUCAGCGAACCUCAGACUUUGCAAACGGAUCUUCCAGGUGGACCAGAGUCAGUUACAGGUCAACACAUUGAUGUCACAGCUUCAGGUCUCCAACUUGGACGUGAUGUCACGGAGCUGAUGCCCAUCUCUACUAACACAGAUUCUGCAGACAGCAUCACGAACACGCUGAGUCCAGUUUCAGGUGUUUAUUCCCACACAGAUCAGGUUACCAUGGUACCAGCCUCCACAGGAACAGAUACAGUUCCAGCAGGUCCAACAGGAACCCCACUGGACUCCAGUCAUCCUGCUGUAACAGAUCAUGCACAGAUGGCUGGUUCAAUCACUGAACAGUACAACCCAUCUGGUCAGGGUCCUGAAGGUGCAGAAAAUGUGGAACUGGAGGAUACCUGCUGACUUCCACAGCAAGCCACGCGUACGAUUUCUGCGUUUUCGAUUCCAGUGUACCGACCAAUCAGCAUGGCCCAGGAAUGUUGACUCCUCCCACUAGCUGUAGGCCCCUCCCACCAAAUGAGAACCACUCAUUGGAAAUUUUUUUUCUUUUGUAAUAUUUAAAAAAUGUUGUUAAUAGACUUUUAUUUUAUUUUAGAGAAUUGUUGGGUCCGCUCCUUUUCCUGACCCCAGUAUCGGCUAAGAUGGACGACAAGAACAAUUUAUAAGAUCAGUAAAGGUUUAUUGCAUCAUUUAAAAAAGAUAAACGUGGAAAAAAAAAAGUAAUAAAAAUAACAGCAAUUACCUGCUGGUCAAUGCACAACCUGGAAUGCAACACAUUUUAUUGACUUUUUUUAUUCAUUUAAACCUGUGAUCCUUGUGAAUAAGUUCAGUUAUAAAUGUUCUGCAAACUCCGCCCACUUCACACACUAGUUUGCUCCAGUGUGUAAAUGAUGCAGACCCACUGAGAUGGGGAGAUAACUAACAAAAUGAAGUUUCAGGUGAAUCUCAGCCAUCUGGUGAUUCUGCUGUGAUGACAUCAUUUUCAUUGUAAAUUGUGGUUUUGAACUUCUACAAUAAAUGCUCGUCUAUUUUGAACAUCAAA